ACCAUACGUGAAAGUUAGAUGGACAUAGUGUUGCUACGGAACAGACAGCAGUCCAAAAUAUGGUCUGACGUGUUUGUGAUUAUAUUUUAACAGUGAAUAUUUUGCAAAAGAUGACGUCGAUAUUAAGGAAUUGUUGGAAAUUAUCACGAAAUCUACCGAUCGCUGUCCCAAAAUGUUAUGCCGUCGUUUCCUCAAUGCGAUGGAAUACCACCACGACCACUAUUAGUGAAAACACUAAAGAAACGGAGUCUCGUCCUACAGUACGCAAACCAAGUCAUGUUGAUGUUGAACAUCUGAUAAACUUUGGCCGUUAUAUUGGUGAUUGUUUGCCAAAAUAUAUACAGCAAAUACAAUUGACUGCUGGUGAUGAAUUGGAAUUGCAUAUUGCUCCUGAUGGCAUUACCCCUGUAUUAACAUUUUUGAAAAAUCAUCAUAAUACACAAUUUGUCAAUCUGUCAGAUAUUACUGCAUUAGAUGUACCCAGUAGAGAAUUCAGAUUUGAGAUUGUUUAUAACCUGCUAUCAUUGCGGUAUAAUUCACGUAUCAGAGUGAAAACUUAUACUGAUGAAUUGACACCCAUCGAUUCCAUCUACAAUUUAUUCAAGGCUGCUGAUUGGUAUGAACGAGAAGUAUGGGACAUGUUUGGUGUGUUUUUCUCGAAUCAUCCUGAUCUUCGUAGGAUUUUGACAGAUUAUGGCUUUGAAGGUCAUCCACUCAGAAAAGAUUUUCCACUCAGUGGUUAUGUUGAGGUGCGAUAUGAUGAUGAACAUAAAAGAAUAGUGAUCGAACCACUGGAGUUAACUCAAGAAUUCCGUAAAUUUGAACUAGCUGCACCAUGGGAACAAUUUCCCAAUUUCAGAGAUGCUCCACCAGCUGCUGAACCUAUUUUAAAAGAGAAGUAACUAUGACUACUUAGAUUAUAAUUAUAGUCAAAGAAAGUAAGUGUAAAAUAUAUAACCGUUACAAUAUAAAUAUAUAUAUU